CGCAGCAGCGGAAGUGACCUGCAGACUAAACAGCAGCAGAAGAAGAAGCAGAACAGCGCCGCCUGCUGGCUGUUAGCUGAAAUGAAGAACCGACAGAAUCAAUGGAGGAGACAAACAGUACCUAAAGCAUCAUUUCAGAACCGCUAAACCGCAAGCAGCGGAGGUGGGUGGAGCUUCCCAGUGGCCAUGAUGGAGGAGGCGGAGCCUGACGUUUCCCCCAUCCCCUCUGACCAGAACAGCCCCUCCCCCUCUGUCUCGUCCUCCCCCUCCCUCUCCCUACCCUCCACCCCCUCCUCCUGCGGCCCCCCCCAGGCCGCCACCCCCCCUCUGUGCGUCAUCAGCGAGGGCACCAGCGAGCUCAGCCUGGUGAUCGACGCUGAGGUGGCUCAGCGGGCGUGUCAGGAGGUGCUGCAGAAGGUGAAGCUGCGGCAGGUUGAGGGUGACGUCACCCACCUGCAGAAUGGGGCGGGGCUAGAGGCGGAGCCCGCCGCUGACAAACCCUCCAAAAUCCGCGAGGAGGACGACCAUGAUGCCCCGGCGCCCGGCUCAGUAAAGAGUGCCCGACGGCGGCAGAGACACAACCCCUCCAAACAGUCGUGGCUGCUGCGCCUGUUUGAGUCCAAGCUGUUCGAUGUUUCCAUGGCGAUCUCCUACCUGCACAACUCCAAGGAGCCCGGCGUCCAGGCGUACAUCGGCAACCGGUUGUUCAGCUUCCCACACGAGGACGUGGACUUCUACCUGCCACAGCUGCUCAAUAUGUACAUCCACAUGGACGAGGAUGUGGGCGACGCCAUCAAGCCCUACGUGGUGCACCGUUGCAGACAGAGCAUCUCCUUCAGCCUGCAGUGCGCCUGGCUGCUGGGCGCCUACUCAUCCGACAUGCACAUCUCCACCCAGCGACACUCUCGAGGAACCAAACUGAGGAAACUCAUCCUGUCUGAUGAACUCAAACCGGCGGGGCCUCGUGCCCGCAGGGAUCCCCUGACGCUGACGCCGUUCUGCCCGGCGGCGGCCCAUGGUGGCGGCUCUGGACCACUGGGAGGAGACCACGGUCUGUCGCCGUCCAAACGAACGCAUCAGCGCUCAAAGUCGGACGCCACCGUCAGCAUCAGUCUGAGCAGCAACCUGAAGAGAACAGCCAGCAACCCGAAGGUGGAGAGCAGCCAGGAUGAGGACAGCAGCUCCAGCGACAGUCUGGAGUUUGAUUCUGGUCCCCCGGUGCGUCUGGCUCCUCAGAGGGAGUUCAUCAAGUCUCUGAUGGGCAUCGGGAAGCGUUUGGCGACGCUGCCGACCAAAGAGCAGAAAACUCAGCGGCUGAUCUCAGAGCUGUCGCUGCUCAACCACAAGCUGCCGGCCAGAGUCUGGCUGCCGACCGCCGCCUUCGACCACCACGUGGUCCGAGUGCCGCACACCCAGGCUGUGGUGCUCAACUCCAAGGACAAGGCUCCGUACUUGAUCUACGUGGAGGUUCUGGAGUGCGAGAACUUUGAGACGUCCAGCGUUCCGAUCCGGAUCCCAGAGAACCGGAUCAGGAGUACGCGUUCUGUGGAGAACCUGCCGGACUGCGGUAUGACGGCGGAGCAGCGAGCAGGAAGCUUUUCCGUCGUUCCAAACUACGACAAUGACGACGAGGCGUGGUCUGUGGACGACAUCGGAGAGCUGCAGGUGGAGCUCCCAGAGGUUCACACCAACAGCUGUGAUAACAUCAGUCAGUUUUCAGUGGACAGCAUCACCAGCCUGGAGAGCAAAGAGCCAGUGUUCAUCGCAGCAGGAGACAUAAGGCGUCGGCUGUCUGAGCAGCUGGCUCAGGCUCCCACCACCUUCAAACGGGACCCUGAGGACCCCUCAGCUGUGGCCCUGAAGGAGCCCUGGGAGGAGAAGGUCCGGCGGAUCAGAGAAGGUUCUCCAUAUGGUCACCUUCCAAACUGGAGGCUGCUGUCAGUCAUUGUUAAAUGUGGUGAUGACCUGAGGCAGGAGCUUCUCGCCUUCCAGGUCCUGCAGCAGCUCAAGUCGAUCUGGGAGCAGGAGCGGGUUCCUCUCUGGAUCAAACCCUAUAAGAUCCUGGUUCUGUCGGCGGACAGCGGCAUGAUCGAGCCGGUGGUGAACGCAGUGUCACUGCACCAGGUGAAGAAGCAGAGUCAGCUGUCGCUGCUCGACUACUUCCUGCAGGAGCACGGUGCCCCGACCACCGAGGCCUUCCUGUCUGCUCAGAGGAACUUCGUGCAGAGCUGCGCCGGAUACAGCCUCAUCUGCUACCUGCUGCAGGUCAAAGACAGGCACAACGGUAACAUCCUGCUGGACGCCGAUGGACACAUCAUUCACAUCGACUUCGGCUUCAUCCUGUCCAGCUCGCCCAAAAAUCUCGGCUUCGAGACGUCGGCCUUCAAACUGACCUCAGAGUUUGUGGACGUGAUGGGUGGUCCAGACGGUGACAUGUUUAACUACUAUAAGAUGCUGAUGCUGCAGGGUCUCAUCGCAGCCAGGAAGCACAUGGACCGAGUGCUGCAGAUCGUGGAGAUCAUGCAACAAGGCUCCCAGCUGCCCUGCUUCCACGGCUCCAGCACCAUGCGAGGCCUGAAGGAGCGUUUCCACAUGAGCCUGACGGAGGAGCAGCUGCAGCUGCUGAUCGAUCAGCUGGUCGAUGGAUCAAUGAGGUCACUCACCACCAAACUCUACGAUGGCUUCCAGUACCUGACCAACGGCAUCAUGUGACGUGUGUGUGUGUGUGUGUGUGUGUGUGUGUUUGUGUACAUAUGUACACUGAGGAGCUGAUGAUCUCCAGCUUUUAAAACUCCACCUUCUUCUUUUAUUUAAUUGUUAUUCCAUUUUCUGUUUUUCUCUUCAUCUCCUUUCGUUCCUCCUCUUCUUCUUUUUCCAUAUUUGGGCAGAAGCCCCUGAUUGGCUGCUAAGCCGGACUCGUAGCCAAUCAGAGAGCAGCCCAGUUUUAGUUUGAACUGUGAACCGUCAGCCGGCGGCAGGUUUUUAUUGUCUCUGAGCCGCAGCAGACUGAUUAAAGGACCUCUUUGUGUUUCUUCAUGUUUGGCUGCAGAUUGUGUGAACCAGUUUGACCCAGUAAAACCAGCCAAUGUCGACCUGCAGCUCCAGUUUCAUUUCAUUGCUUUACUGAAGACCUGCGUCAGUGUCGGUAAUUAACAUCUUAAUUAACUCUGAGACUGAAGCAAACUGCUGCAGGUUUGGUAGAAGAAGAAGAAUCCAACUUUGAUGUUCAGACAUUAGAAGGUUCGAGUCUUUUCAUGGAAACAGAAAAGUCACUUCAAUAAAUGAAACCUGUGGUGUUUGAUUCAUCUGCA